CAGAUGGUAUGUUUUGGUGCGACGCAGUGCUGUCGGCCGUCGGCGUUCAGUCAUGGGCAAGUCCUUUGCCAAUUUUAUGUGUAAGAAAGACUUUCACCCAGCGUCAAAGUCCAAUAUAAAGAAGGUAUGGAUAGCAGAGCAGAAGUUAACCUUCGAGAAGAAAAGGCAGGAGGACCUUAUGCAGGCUUACCUGAAGGAGCAGGAGACCUACAACAACAGGCUGCUGAUGGGUGAUGAUCGAGUGAAAAAUGGUCUUAAUUUCAUGUAUGAAGCUCCUCCUGGUGCAUCCAAAGAGGAGACCAAAGAGGAAGGAGAAUCUGACUAUAAGUUUGAGUGGCAGAAGGUUGCUCCCCGUGAGAAAUAUGCAAAAGAUGACAUGAACAUUAGAGAUCAGCCAUUCGGAAUCCAGGUGCGGAAUGUGCGUUGUAUCAAAUGUCAUAAGUGGGGCCAUGUGAACACAGACAGGGAAUGUCCUCUCUUUGGCCUGUCAGGAAUCAAUGCCAGCUCUAUGGCAAAUGAAGAAGCAGGCCCGUCGAUGCACCCCUCCGAGUUAAUGGCAGAGAUGCGGAACAGUGGGUUUGCGCUGAAGAAAUGUGUCCUUGGCAGGAACGCCACUGUUUGUGAUCCAGCACAGGACUUUGUGGCCAGUGAUGAAGAGGAGGAUCCGGAAGUUGAGUUCCUUAAAUCUUUAACCACUAAGCAGAAACAGAAGCUCCUUAGGAAACUUGACCGUCUGGAAAAGAAAAAAGGGAAAAAGAAGAAGAGUAAGAAGGAGAAAAAGAAGAGCAAACGUAAGAAGAGGAGGACUUCCUCCGGCAGCAGCUCCGCAGACAGCGCAACCAGCUCUACGUCCGAUUCUGAGCGUGAGAAGCCCAAAGCAAAGAGAGGGAAGGAAAAGGCCAAGAGGAGAGAGAGGAACUCGUCCAGUGAGAGCAGCACCAAUAGCGGGGGAGAGGGCCGAGCUGGCGGCAAGAACAAAGAGCCGCACCGCAAAACUCGCUCUCCAAGUCUCAACUUCAGGCAGCGCAGGGACAAUAAAGGCGCUCGCGCACGGCCAGGUGAGCGUGACGGUAGCUCAGAAAGAGAGCAGAGGUCACCACACAGCCACUGCUCCAGAGGGAAAGGUGGGGGGUAUAACGGCACUGAGAGGAGUCAAAGCCCUCGCAGAGGAGGAGAGGAAUGGGGGAAAGGCAGAGAGAGGCGCAGGGACACGUGCCGGGUGGGUGUAGAGGACGAGAGGACCAGGGGGAGGGAGCACAGGGAGAAGGGUAGCGAGAGGGCACGAAAGCAGGAGCAGGGCGCCGCGCAAAGGAGCGCGUGCCACGGCCGAGGCACGGACGACGAUGGAAGGAGUCGAUGCCGGGACGAGGCGCGAGAACGCGAACGAAGGAGGAAGGAGAGGAGCAGAAGUCGGGAGGGAGGGAGCGGGAGAGAAAGGAGUGUGACGAGCAGGAGCAGGGAGAGAGCAAGAGAGAGGAAAGAAAGGCACAGGAGUCGGAGCAGAGACGGCAGGAAGACAUGAGGGAGGAGCAGAGAGAAAACGCAGGUGCUCGAGUAAUACUUGCCUGCUAGUACAGUUGAGGGAGUGUUCAGGUGGUGGUGGUUUUCUUUAGUAUUGUUAGUGAAAAACUUAAUGGCAUAGUUACUAUGGCUGUGCUGUAAUGACCCCUUAUAAAUUUUUCAUCCUUGAUGAACUUUUGGUAAGACUUUUCAUUCAGUGCCUUGUAUGCAUGGGCUGUGCUAGAAAGAUGUAUUGGUACAAGAGGAAAAGUCUCUAAAGAGGGAAAGAAGUAAGUUGAGCUCACUGUAAUCUGGAAGGCGUUUGGUCACUCAGCUUGGCCUGAAACGUUUUCAACAUUAUACUGGUCUUUUUGACCAACUGCUGGACAAUUAGGUGGCUUGGAUGGCUGAUAACUGACAGCCGAGUAGAUUUUUCCCGUUUUAAAGAAAUUCUACCAGAAGAGGGCGACACACUGCUUUCGUAAAUGCAGCGACAAAUCUAUUAAACUGUGCAAAAUAUGUCGUUCUUCCCUGUGAAGUUUAGCUUUUCAGAUUUGUUCAUGAUACAGUUACCUGUUCAGUCCAAAAAUACCUCUCGUUUUCUAGUUGCAGAAAGCCAAACUGUUAUAAGGGUAUGCAAUUCAUUUAAUUGGGAAAACGGCAGUUUCAUUCACUGACCUCAUCCGCCCCUAAGAGUUCAAGUCCACAGAUUAAACAAACUGGGUGGUGUGUUUACUCUGUAUUUGUACUUAUGAUGUAUUUUAAUUAUGUAGUGGCUUGCUUGGCAUAUUGGGUAGAUCUUAGCAGUUUGUAUAAACUAAUUAUUUCCGAAAGUGUUUCCAUCAAGAUGUCAUGACCAUCACCUAAAACAAGCAUCCAGAAGCUUUGGAAUGAAUUGAUCUGCUGAAAUAAC